AUGCACCUAGAUCAUAAGAUCCCCUGGAAUACAGUGUCAUCACACUUCGCCUUCAUAAAGGACAACCCAUGCAUACGCAAAAAUGAUUUCGUCAUCCAUGAUAGCUUAGCUGAUCGUCAAUCCGCCGAGUUUAACUACUUCACGCGGACUCUUAUUUCCACCAUUGAGGAGUUCUCAACCACAGAGAGAGCCAAAUACCCACCUCCUGACGAUCUGCCAACAUCUGGCCCUCUAUAUGACUCGUCUAUUCUACCCGUCAUCGAAGAGAAGUACCAGCUUGGACCACACGAGACUAACUCCGCAGUAUCAAAUCCACUGUGUGAGGAGUUCCAGGAUGUUGACUAUUGGAUAAACCAAGCCCCUUAUGGCACCUCUACUGGGUAUCUAGCCGAUGCAGUAAAAAUGCUCAUUAUCUCGAAUGAGAUACUCGCUCUGUUACGUCUUGCAAACCACAAGAAAGUCCCACUAGAAGAUCUAAUCAAUCUAGGAUGGGGUCACAGCUUCGGUGUGACGCAUGUUGCUGACGUGGCUCUGGAAAUUUACAUGCUGCUGAAUAUCGCUGCUUCUGUCAAAGCCAGUGCGAAACCAGGAUCUGUGAAUGAUACAGGUUAUCUGACAGAGACGCAGCCGUUCAGAAAGUUUAUUGGUUGGGGAUUGGGCGACUUUGAUUUUCCAGCUCAGAAUAUACCACAUCGGUUGUUUUGGAAUGCGAAGGGCAUUUCUGAUCGUUCUGAGAUCCCAUCGUGGGACCCACUGAGCCUUGAAAGUGAUAAUGAGAGGAGGGACAUGAAGGAGUAUCUGAAGAUGUGCUUUGAACUGUUGUAUCGAUAUGACCUUUUGAUGAAGGAGAUAGGGAGGGACCCUGAGUGGAAUGAGAAGAUCCUAGGGAUACUGCGUAUAUAG